CCACUACCUGUGCCGAUCAGUGAAAACAUCUGUUUGUUGAGGUGACAGACCUGAAGACUUGGGGGGCUGAAUAUGUAGUGAUUUGUGCUUGCGCUCGUACCGGUACUGCAUUCCCACUAGAAGCAGACCUGAGAAUCUAUGUAAAAUGGCGCUCAGGAAGGUAAAAGGGAACCUAGAGCGUAUGUUUGACAAGAAUUUGACGGAUCUGGUUCGUGGUAUUCGCAACAACAAGGAGACAGAGUCAAAAUACAUUUCACAAUGUAUGGAAGAGAUAAAGACAGAGCUCCGACAAGACAACCUGGCUGUAAAGGCAAACGCUGUUGCCAAGCUCACUUAUCUACAAAUGCUAGGCUAUGACAUCAGCUGGGCUGGCUUCAACAUCAUCGAAGUUAUGAGCUCUCCAAAAUUUACUUACAAAAGGAUUGGAUACUUAUCAGCAUCCCAAUGCUUCCAUCAGGACACCGAGGUCCUUAUGCUGACAACAAAUAUGAUUCGCAAAGAUCUGAAUAGUCAUAACAUGUAUGACUCUGGCACUGCACUCACUGGUCUAGCAUGCUUUAUUAGUGGGGAUCUUGCAAGAGACUUGGCCAAUGAUGUUAUGACACUGCUUACGUCAACAAAGCCCUACUUGAGGAAGAAGGCAGUUCUUCUUCUCUACAAAGUGUUUUUAAAGUUUCCUGAAGCGCUAAGACCAGCAUUUCCAAGGUUGAAAGAAAAACUUGAAGAUCCUGAUCCUGGUGUACAGUCUGCAGCUGUUAAUGUUAUCUGUGAAUUGGCACGCAAGAAUCCCAAGAACUAUCUCAGUCUUGCUCCUGUAUUUUUUAAGCUAAUGACGUCCUCUACAAACAACUGGAUGCUCAUCAAAAUUAUUAAACUGUUUGGUGCUCUGACCCCUCUAGAGCCCAGAUUAGGCAAGAAGCUGAUAGAACCUCUCACAAAUCUGAUCCACAGUACUUCAGCUAUGUCCCUUCUUUAUGAGUGCAUCAACACGGUCAUUGCUGUGCUCAUUUCUAUUUCUUCCGGGAUGCCAAACCACAACGCCUCCAUACAGUUGUGUGUGCAGAAACUGAGAAUUCUGAUAGAAGACUCCGAUCAGAACUUGAAGUACCUGGGUCUACUGGCCAUGUCAAAAAUCCUGAAGACUCAUCCAAAGUCAGUACAGGCACACAAGGAUCUGGUCCUUCAGUGCCUUGAUGACAAAGAUGAAUCUAUUCGACUCAGGGCUCUUGAUCUCCUUUAUGGUAUGGUAACUAAAAAGACAGUCAUGGAAAUAGUCCGCCGUUUAAUGACACACAUGGAUCGAGCAGAGGGAACUAUGUACCGUGAUGAACUUCUGCAAAAGAUUAUACUCAUAUGUUCACAGAACAAUUUCCAGUAUAUUACUAACUUUGAGUGGUAUAUAAGUGUCUUGGUGGAGUUGUGCCGCAUGGAAGGAACCCAACAUGGUGGCCUGAUCGCCAGUCAGCUGAUGGACGUUGCUAUUCGAGUUGUUGCUGUUAGGGAAUUCACAGUUGGUCAGAUGGCACUGCUACUCGACAACGCUCAUGUUAUUGUUGGGCCUGCUGCAGCCAGGUCAUCAAUUGCAGAGGUGUUAUAUGCAGCAGCUUGGAUCUGUGGCGAGUUUUCUAAAUUGUUGGCAAACCCAAAAGCUACCCUGGAGUCCAUGGUGAGGGGAAAGGUGGUGUCUCUUCCAGGGCACAUCCAGGCAAUAUAUGUUCACAACAUGCUCAAGCUUUAUGCACAUAUUAUUGCUACAGCAGAGGAGGAGGAAGAUUCAGAAAUGAUAGAGGAGGUGACAAAUCUACUCUUGGAGCGUUUACCAGUGUUUGUGUCAUCUGGUGAUCUUGAGGUUCAGGAGCGCGCAUCCUGUAUUGUUCAUAUUGUGACUUACGUUCAAAAGUGCCACAAGCAUGGAGAUAAAGUAGGAACAGAUCUGACUCUUCUGAUAACAGGUGAACUUAAUCCAGUGGCUCCUAAAGCUCAGAAGAAAGUACCUGUGCCAGAUGGUCUUGAUUUGGAUGCUUGGAUUAAUGAUCCACCUUCAGAAAGUGAAGAGGAAAAUGAUGAUACUAUUAAGAAAGAAAUAUUUGUCAAAGCAGAUUCUUCCUAUAAAAAUAGAAAGGAGAAGUAUGAGCCCUCAGAAGAAGAACUGCAGAAACUUCGGGAUGCCAGGAGAGCAGAACAAGCUAGCAACCCUUACUAUGUUAAAUCAUCAGCUCUCUCUUCUCCACGGCCAAAUCAUAAUAGUAUACAAGUAGAUGAAAUUCCUGUUACAGCAAUAGACUUAAAUGUUUCCCUGAAGAUACCAGGCAUGACAUCGUUAGAUAAGUACCAAGUGGUUGAUGGGUGGCAAGAUGGUGGAAAGAAGCGACACAAGAAACAGAAGAAGCGUAGUAAAAGGAAAGGACAGGCAUCAUCCAGCAGUGAUGAGGAAGUUCAUCAGCUACAUGUAGUAAAUACUGACAUUGGGGAGAUGCCUGAAGGGGCUCAUCUGUCUGAUGAUAAUGAAAUAGAUGAUCGACCAGAAGAUGAUCCUCACAGAGCUCUGGAUAUUAAUCUUGAUGAACCUUUGUCACCAAAUGAAGUUCUUCCAACUAGGACCCAUCAUGAAGUGCACACACAAAGAAAAUCAGAGGGCAGUGAUGAGGCUAACUUCAUGCCACUAGGAACUCCAGUUAAGAAAAUAAGAAAUAAAGGCAAAAAAGACAAAACUAAAAAAGUAAAGAAAGAAGAAAAAAGGGUUAAAAAGAAACAUAGUGGAGAUAACAAAAACAUCAUAUUGGAUUUGAUUGAUCCACUCAAGGAAACGGACAUUAGUGAUAAGAUUCCCACUGCAGCUAAUCAUAUAAAUGGAAUCACAAAUGCUAAGAAUGAAGGAAAGCCUACAGAUGACUUAGAUUUCUGGCUGUCUAAAGAGGAUUCAUCGCCACGGGCAUCACAUGAACCUGCUGUGGAUGGGUCAACAAAAGUGGCUUCUCCAUCUACCCCUCCAUCAGCCAGAGAAGUGGAAAGUAUAGAUAAUAAAUCAAAGAAAACUAAAACGAAAAAGGAGAAAAAGGCUAGAAAAGAAAAAGACAAAGAUAAACCUGAUAAAAAGAAGAUUAAGAAAAAAGAAAAAGGGGAAAUAGAUUCACUAAUUCGUAACAGAGAUGAAUAUGAGGAGACAAAUGGAACUGUCACUCAGGAGGUAGAGGAGAAGCUAGUGGUGGCAGAAGAUCAAGCAAAUGUCAGAUUAUUAGCUGAGGAUUCUCAAAUGAGAAUGGUUUAUUCAACUGCAGCCAUGGAUGAUGUUAUGAGUGAAAUACUGGUGCGUAUAAAAUUCACCAAUCUGUCCUCUAAGACUGUGAGCAAAUUACAGCUAAUGUUGCCAGACUCUAGUGCCCUUAAGAUGAUACGAACAGAUCCACAAUCGGAAUUGGUAAAUCUUCCUUGGACUUUAGAGCCAGGAGAAUCCAAGGAGACCCAGUUAUCUUUUACUGCUGAAGAUGUCACCAUUCCACACAAGCUCAGGGGUUUUCUUUCAUACAUUCAGGAUGGCAGCAGCAGUAGUGAUUUAUCCUUGCGCCUUGAAUUUCCUGUCACAACUUUCCUCUCUGGCAAGACAGCAAGUCGAGCAACAUUUACAGAUUUGUUAAGUUCAGGUCAACUUUCUGCAAGAUCUUCCUUUACACUGCCGGAGUGCCCAUUGUCUUUCCCAGAGGUACUGGACAAACUAACACGAGGGAGAAGUUUAGCAGUGGUGGAGAGAGUUGAUCAAACUGCUUCCUUAUAUGGUCGCUCCCUCCAUGGCCACCAUGUUUGUCUCCUAGUCAAGUACCAGGCAUCACAUCGAUUGACAGUUGAUGGCAAGAGUACAGAUGGAAUACUUCUUUCCAAUGCCCUGGAUCACCUAAAAACUACAAUAAUGAAAAAAUAGUACAGUUGUUGCAAUGCUCUUCCCAGUAGGAAGUUGAGAAGUUGGCAGUGUGCUCUUAGAUAACAAAAAAAAAAAUUUAUCACCUUCAGAUUUUAAGUUGUAGGCUGUAAAUAAACAUUCCUACAUAUUAUUGGUAGCAGAAAAGUAUAAUUUUUUUUUAUUCUAAUUUUGGAACGCCUUUUUUAUGGAUAGUCAUAAUAGAAUACUUCUACAAACAAGUAUAAGUGCUGUAUAUCAAUUCUUAAACUUUAAUCAUGUGAUUUUUCUGUAACUUGUUUGUAAUAUUGCUAUCUGUUGAAAUUAUGCAUGGCUUUACCUGACUUUUUAAGAGGAGCAGACUGUAAGUGUAUGUUGAUUCUCCAUCAUCAGUACCAAAUUUAAUAUUCACCUACAAAAUUACUGUAAUUUAAGACAAUUUUGUAUUAAUGAUGCUGUGAGAAGUCAUAUUACCAUGUAAUUAUUCUGAAUUCAAGUACUUUGUAGCAUUUCACUAUAAAUUAAAAUUAUGCAUUGGAAAAAACACAUUUAUGUUCACCAUGUGUGUGUGCCAAAGUAAAAUAAUUAGGUUUGGCUUUUCUGUUAUUGCAGUCCACUUUUGACAGCUUUAAAGUCUUCAAUGGAAAUAACAAAUUGUGUAUUUAAAUUCUGACCUCUAAAUUAAUUAGUUUUAAAUGAUUCUUCUUAUAUAUUAGCUCUCUAUAUGCCAUACCUAUAAUUCAAAACACGUUCGUGUCCUCUUAAAAAUAAUGAGAACUGUGGUCUCGGUGUUUUUUCCUCAUCUUUCUAAACUAUAUUAGUGUGCUGCUGCCAUCAGGAUACUCUUCCUUGCAGUGAAAUAAAAGCAAAUCUGAUUUAAUAAAUAAUUCUCAUACACAAUUUCAACAGUAUGCACAUAUUUUGUUUGAGCUUCUGUUACAUUAUGUAUAUAUAUUCCGAGAAAAUUUCAAUGAAUUUGAGGGAAAAGUUUAUAAGCAAAUAAUUAAAGCCAAAUAAAUAAUUUGACCAGUGUGUGUGGCUUUGCAAGUGUCAUCCUAUUCUGUAGUACAUUCUACAAUUAUGGUACUGUUAAAGUGCUUGCUUACUUCAUUAGUUAGGAUUUGCCAGUGCAUGCAAAUGUGUGUAAUAUAUAAAAAAAAUCUAUCAGUUUGUAAAUAACUGGCCUGACUCACUAUAAAAGAUAUUUGUUUUUUUAUUGGCUGUAGUAGAUUCCAGUAUCACCAGUGCCUUGCAUGGGCUUCUUAUGGGCCACAGGCUGCCUUAUGCUAACCUGAUGCUAUUUGAGACAUUAUCCUAAUACCUAACCAUUAGGUCUUAGCCAUUUUACUUAUUCUGGACUUUGACGAUAAAAUAUAAUCUUAUGAUUAUUAUAUGUAAAUAACUUGAUGCUGUCCAUUACAUAAAGCAGGCUUUCAAGAAGGGUGAGUAUCUGGUUAAAUGAUUAUGAUUAUCCACUAUUAGAAAUUGGAUAUAUUUGUGUAUACAGUAUUUGUUUUAUAUUUAAUAUAUAUUUAGUGAAUAUUGAACCUUAUGUAAAAAAGUAAUUUGAAAGUCGGUAUUGGAUUAAAGAUCACAUAGUGCAUUGGUGAUGAUCAUGUCAUCCACAGUAAUUCUCUUGAAUGUUGUGUGCAGUAAUCCAAGUGACACCAUAGAUUAAAGGGAGGGCAUCUGAACACAGCCCAGAGCAAACCCACUCCUGUGCCUGCUUGCAUCAAGCUUCAAACCAUUAAACAGAUGUAGAUAAUCCCAUAAAUGAAUUUUGUUCAUAAACUAUUGAAGCCGUUAUUGCUAUGCCUCUUCCCAACUCCCUGACUAUUCUAUCAGGGAGGGGGGGGGGGGGAGGGAAAUGCUAGGAAGUAGAUUUUAGAUCUGAUUUUAAAGUAAUUCCUAGGUUAUUUAAUUUUAAAUUUUUGAGUGCCUGAUAAAGUUAUUUGAAUUUGGUGACCAAAAUGCCCCUAGUUAUAUAGAAUGAUACAUAGACUAUGAUAUUUACAAUACAGUGGUUGUCAAUAUGUACUGUAUAACAUUCAUAUAGUGACUUAUUUUUUUAUAAAUUACUGUAAUCGCUAUUAUUCAGCUUCAUUUAGAUACAGACAGCCACAUGCUUCGCGAAUGCCGUCUAUCCAAAAAUGCCAGUUUUCUGAUAGGGAUUGGUUCGGAUACUCAAGUUCGGGAAGUGCAAGGUUUGGGUAUCUCAUCGAGCAAGUGUCUGCCAGGCCUUGUGGCCCGGGGUGGUGGUGGGUUGUUGGGUGGGAGAUGGGCCUAGUUUGCCCCAUUGACUCUGUUGGGUGCCACUCUAGUGUCUUCUUCCCUGUGACGUCACAAAUUCACGGCCCAUUGUUCAAAUUAUUUUGACUUGUCAUGAGACUGGAGUGUUCAUUCUAUGACUUUGUCGGAUAUAUCAUCACAAUCUAGGAACAUCUGUACAUCAUGUCAGCUUCAAAUGCACCCAUUGUGUCGGUGAAAACUUCAUCAAGCGUGAUACGUAAAAGAAAGACGUCAGUGAUGACAUUUGAGAAGAAAGUUGAAAUAAUUAAUGUGAAGAGCAGAGUCCUGAGAAGUGUUGUGCACUGAAUAUGGCAUUAGCAAGAGUACUUUUUUAGCUUCUUAAGGUUAAACCUAUCGUUUUUACUGUUUCUUUAGAAGUGAAAGCAGUAAGACAAUACGAAAUAAAAAGUUAGUAAGUAAAGCAAAUGUGGAGUGUUGAUAAUGCAGUGUGGCAAUACUAGUAGUACAAACAGAAGCAUGAGGACCAAUAUUUCAGCAAUAUUUUAGAAGGCAUUCUGGCAUUUAUGGAAACGAGUAAGUUUGAAACCAAGGACAUAAUGAACCUGUACAAUUUGUAUACGAGGUUUUGAAAAAAAAAAAAAUGAAUGAAACGAAUAUCACUUUAAUCUUUUUGCAAUGGUUUCCAAGAAAGCUCACAUUGCCCCACCUGCACCCGACUCAUUAGAUGUUGACCCAAAUGCUUCAACAUCUGAGGUUACCUUAUCACCAUUAAUCUCCACUUCAGUAAACCCAACACCAUCAACAUCCACCACCAUGGGGACUAAUCGUAUUGACAACCCCAUCCUCCUGUUUAGAUAGUACCUAUUGCGACGAUAGUCAAUAGUCACGAAUUCGUACAUACUGUACUUAGCUUUUGGAUGAUAGUAUACUGACUAGUGAGGAAUUCUUUUAAAAUAUAUGCAACUAAAAAUCACUUAAAUAUUCCUAGGCCUAGUAUACCCCACUCACGUACUGUACUAUAUUAGGCCUCAGAUAUCGUGUAUUAGGCCUAGGAAGGUUAGGUUAGUUUAGUUUGUCAAAGCAACACACGUGAAAAAAGUUUUCAGAUUUGUCCAACUCGAUAGUGCAGAUUUCUAAUUUCAUUAGCCGUCGGUAUAUAUACUAUGGUCCUCAUUGUUACUAUAAGUACUACCAAAACAGGAGGAUGGGCUGAUUGGCGAGUACAAACAAAAUACAGUACAGUACUGUCGAAUUUAUGCUGUGAACCUGUCAAUUUUUUCCCUUAGAUUUUUAAGGCCACUUGUACGAACACAACACGUUAACCAGCAGGUCUCGGCCCCGAGGGGUUCGCAAAGCAUGUGGCCAUCUGUAUAUCCUUAUUUUUAUGUACAAUUAACUUUACUUAUGGUACUAAAUUAAAUAUUUUUAUAUAAGCACUGUAAUUCUUAUUAAAUGGUAAUUGUUGAAGUAUUUUAAAACUUUUCCAGUAAGUACUUAUUAAGACUUUGGAAUUGCUGAUCCAUAUUAGAUAUCAGACAUUAAUACAGUAUGUAGACCAAAGCUAAAAAUCUGUGCUGUAGCACUUUUAAUGACAUUCCAAUGUUAGUACUAUGUUAAAUUUAAUAUACAGACUUUUCACCAAGUUCAGAAUAGAGCGAGAGAGAGAGAUAAUGGGAAUGAAUUAAUAAUUAAUAAGAGAAUGAGAAAUAUGGGCAAUUUGAGAGUUGAACCAUAUCCUUGGCUGUUUGAACUAGUUUCAGUAUGAUUGCCCUUCUCAAUUCAAAUGUAUCAAGCUUUGAAUAAUUUUGUUUAUUAAUAUGGAAUAUAGCUCAAUUAUUGAUUGUAAUAAUAUUGGCUUUUGGUUAUUUUUUGCACUUUGGGCAUUUUAUAUAACACUUGAUAACUUAAAUUUGAUUGCAAGCAUGCUUCACCUUUUGUUUUGUUUUAUAUUUUUUUUUCUUUUAAAUCUAUUUUUCAUAUCCCACCCUUUUUUUCUUAUCCUUGUGUUUGCUUGCUCUGUGAUAUCUAAUUGCCAAUCUGAGCUAGUUAAGUGCGUUUUUAAAAUGGUAUUUGUUAAUUAAGGUAAUAUGUAUGUAGAAUUUAAAUUUAACUUUUGAUGUUGAAAUUAGUAGCAUACAGAGUCUCGGAUUUUUUAAAGCUUGUCCAAAAUAUUUAUUUUCAGAUUUGUAUUAAUUAGCUAAUUUUGUCAAAUUUAUAUGAUGCACCGUUACCCCUGUGACGUGUCAGGUUUUUAAGGUCUUAUGUGUACUUAUUCAUGAAGUUGUAGUCAAAUUUGCACAUCCAUUCCUGCCUUAACUGUAGGUCUCAGUACAGCUCUCAUUCUUUUAAUCCACAUAUUUUCAUCUUACACUAUGGUCUUUGUUAAAAUUAAAAAUCUUUGGCAUAGAAAUUAUUCCAAGACAUUGUUUUUAGAAUAGAGUAAUUGUAUUGGUACAGCAUGUAACAUGGUGAGGAAAUGAAAGACAUUAGCGAAUACACACUGUUGUUUAGGCAAGGGGAACUUUUCACGGUAAAUAUGUAAUUAAAAUGUUCAUUAUAUAUAUAUUUGAAUCAAAAUUUGGAAUUUAUAUAUAUAUAUAGCUCAUUUAUUAUGGAUCCCAUAUCCAUCCUAUAAGCAGUAGUGGAAAAGGCGCAUAAUGGGCUGAGGAACUGAACCCCAUAAUUUAUUUAGCUAAGGAAUUUUGUCUUUGUAAGCUUGUUUCUUAAUUUAAUGUACAGUAUAUAUCAACAGUCCUUUACAGAUUAAUGGGUUUCAGAACUGGACUACAAGAAUUUCUAUGCUUGGCUAUUUACAUUUGAAGUCACUAGUUACAUAUAAUUUUGAUUUGCUUAUGUGCCCCUCACCUAUCCAGUGGGCAGCAGUGGUAUUCUACAAUCACAUGCAUGCACUACCUACAGAAUGCAAACUUGGGAUAUUUGGCCAAUAUUCCUGGUAGUAUAUAAUUUUGAAUGAAAUGCACAUUUCUUGAACAGAAUAGCAUAUUAUUUUAUACAAGAUAAACUCUACACUUGUGGUGUCUUCCCUGUAAUGUCAUGAAGUUUUGAAGCUUCCAAUGGUUUGGCAUGCACUAGCCACUCACUUGAUAUAUUCUAUCAUUACUCUGCAAAUGUCUUUAACAAAAAAUUAUGGCAUCUUUUUUUUUCUAAAUUUGACUCUGAAAUCUAUCAAUAUGAUAGUUAAAAAAAAAAGAUUGGGUAUGUAGAUUCAUGUCACUACAGUAUUCUGUUUUUAGUAUCAUUUCCUGAUCUGCCUACCAAUUUGGGCAUAGUUAACAUUUCCAACAUCUGGGAGCAUGGCUGCAGUUUGUCUAUUUUAUCAUUAUUUUUGGAGAUACUGUAUGGCAACCAUAUACAACUACAUAUUCUAUUUUUGGUCUUGUGCAUCUUGAUUUUUUUUAUUCAUUUGUGUAUAUAAAGACAAUGCUGAAAUUUACCAGAUUAGUUGGCCCCUCAUAAUAUAUCCCUGAUGUGGGCUAAUUGUGACAGUUUACUAUCCAGAACCCUCCCUAAUUCUUUCCUUUUCCGAGUUCAAUACUGGUAGUUAUUUCAUAAUUUGCAAGUUGAAUGUAGCCUAGUUUCACUCACUGUAUUUUGUUAUUCAUAGUCCCAUUGUUCCACGCCAUUAUCUAGUUGGUCUUAAAUCAUUCUGAAGGGCACGGCAGUCAUCUAGUUAUUCUAUUAUUUCCAAGGUAUAUCAUUUGUAUAUACAGUAAAAACAUUACUAGCACUAGUGCAUAGCCCUGUGGGUCAUCACUAGUAACAAACCACUUGUCUAAUUCAUUGCCUCUUACCGCUACUCUCAUUUUUCUAUCUUUUAGUAAACUCUUAAUCCAUGCUAUUGGUCUUUGUCAGCCCUGUCUCUGUAUUCCAAUUUUUAGAACAGUAUCUUGUGUGGGACUUUCUCUAAUGCUUUAUCCAGAUAAAUGCAGUCUGCCCAAAUGUCUGUCCUGUAAGAUCUGUGACCCUGUCAUAAAAACUGAGCCAAUUUGUUAGGCAUAACCUUCCAGUUCAAAAAUCAAACUACCUCUUCAUUAUGACAUUUCUUCCUAGAUAUUCUACCCAUGUGGGUUUUCAAUUACUGAUUCUGGUGAUUUCACUACCUUUUCAACGAUACUGGUCAAUAGUUCAAUAUGCCUUUUUUUCUUUCUUUUUUUUCCCAAGUGUUAAUGUUUGUUAGAAUGCCUGGAAAAUAUUGUGCAGUGGAUUGCUAAGCCCAUGGCCUGAAUAGACAGCACUCGGGAUUCGUAGUCCUGAGGUUCCGGGUUCAAUUCCCGGUGGAAGCGGAAACAAAUGGGCAGAGUUUGUCACCCUGAUGUCCCUGUUCACCUACAAAAAGGAGGCCUGGUUGAGGCCGUAGGGACGCUAAGCCCCAAAAUCAUCUCAAGAUAACCUCAAGAUGAUAAGCCCGUGAGCAUAUUGUCUUGGUACCGAUGGUAAAAUUUCAUCAUGUCCAACUGCCCUAGUUCUACCUAAAUUUGAGCAAUUUUUUUUUUUUUUUUUUACAUUGUCCUGGAAGCCCAGAAGUGUUCCAAGUUAUGCUUUAAUGUUUGUGUUUUGUACACUCUGAAAUCCUCACUUUGUAACUGCUUAUUAAGUUUUGUACCUUUCCUUUUGUCUCUGUGAAUCUCUCAUUUUUAAUCUCUGGAUUUUAUACUUCACAUUCAAUUUGCUUUUUAUAAAUUUAUAGAACAGACUGGGUUCUGUUUUGCAUUUGUCCACUAUUCUUUUUAAUUUUCUUUCCUCCUCCCUUCUUUCUUACUACCAUUAGACCAAUUGCAUUCUAAUUUGUCCUUAUGUUCAUUUGCUUUGUGAGUGAUAGUAUUUGUAGCAGUUAGUACUAUUGUGGUUUUGCUUUUUGAGUUAAAAAUUAAGGUACUACACUGUACUAUGACUGCCAAAGUUAAAGUAAAUUCAUAUUUUUAUUCAGAAAAACAAUAGUUUUUUGUAGAAAAAUUGUUAGUUUUAUCGACAUUUUUAUUGUAAAUAAUUGCAAUUUUUCACCUUCAGUAUUUACCCAAAUCUCGGAGCGGGUAGUGUUGGAUAACAUUUUAUUAUAUUAUAAGUUAUAUUUUGAUAACCUUUUUGCUUGAUCCUAACAGAACAACAACAAGGCAAGAUUAAAAUAAUGCUAGUUUUUUUUUAUCUUAAAGUACUGUAAUUGUUAAUUUUCAUUUUAUAUCUUCGUUCAUUUUAUAUACAGGUAUGCAUUUCAUGAACUUUCCUCAGUAUACAUGAAUGUGCUUAAGUAAAAGUCAUCAUGUUUAUGGUAAGCUUGGCAGGGCAGUAAUUGGGAAUUUGGUAGUAUGGAGAUUCUCUUAAGUUUACAGCUUCAUUAUCCACAGCUUUCCACGAGUGUAAUCAUUCUGCUGUUUCAACCCUCACUCAAAAUAUUGAGUAGUAGUAUUUAAAUUUUUAAUUGUAGUCCAGUCAUUAAUUGUUCAAUGCAAAAAUGAGUGCAAUAAUACAGAAUUCAGUGUUAAUAAAAUUACUUCUUUAUUAAUGCUGUAUUUUACUUUUUGUCUUAUUCCACUUUUAUUUUGUAUGAAUGUCUUGCAGGGUUUAUAUUGUUUCCUUAAGUUACAUUUGAAAAGGUCAGUCAUUACUAUUGUGGUUUACUGGCAUGUCGUAAAAAAAAUUGCUAAUGGUAGGUAUCACGAGCAACAUGGUAUGCUUAAAUAUACCAAGCUUGAAUUUAACUCCCAGAGUAUCCCAAUGUGGUAUAUUCUGCAGAAAGGCCAAAGAUGAUAGUGCAUAUUUACAAUUUAAAACAUUAAUCAUAAGUUUUGUACAGUUUAUAAACCUUUAUAACAGUAAGUUACAUAAUAUGCUAAAAUUAGAGUUGCUGAAAGCUUGGUGUGUGCCAUAUAUUUAGCUAAAUUUUAUUAAUUUGCACAAUGUAUCAUCAAUUAUGUUGUGUGUUGUAUCAUGUAAUAAUAUAAAUGUUUGGAGAUAUUAGUCUUGAUUUUAAAAAGCAGGAUAUUUACUCAACUUUGCUGGUGGUGAAAAAAUAUCCUUGAUGUCUCAAGGGCGAAUGUCUGCAUUUCCUAUUUUAGGUGGCAUUUUAAUGGUUAAUUGAUAGAUAAAAAAAUUUAAUUGUUUGAAUGGCAAGUCAACUGAUAGCUUUGAUCAAUACCGUUAAUCUGUAAUAUUUCUGAUAUACUGUAUACAAGCAAGACUGACACCAUGAAAACAGUACUGUUGGGAGGGUAAUUAAUCACACAUGCAUACUGUUAGAUAAGAGCAUCUUAUUGCUUUGGGUCCACAUUGGUUGUGUUUGGCUAAGAUCCCAGAUGUGCAAACUAGGAGCUUUCUUCCCAAACUAGGAACAUCUUCCUAAAUGAUCAACACAAAACAGGUUGCCACCACAACAAUGAUGUCAUAAUUCAAUGUUAAAAAAGGUAGUUCUUUUCUUUUUACAGCUCAUGUGUGUUUACUCUAUCCUCCAUACAUACACAUGUCAUUUCUUCUACCACCCCCUUUCUCUCUCUCUCCUGUUCUUCCUGUUUUCCAUCUCCCUGCUUAUGGCUUUUACUGGUAAACAGCCAUUGCAUUUAACCCUUUGAUUGUCAUCUUAUAAGAGUUUUGCAUUAUCUUUAUAGUAUAUAUGAUAUUUGAUACCCACCUACCUUUGACAUCACAUGUCCAUUACCUACAAACUAAAUGCACCAAGGUCCUUAUCUUACUCAGUCCUGUUGCAUACCUUCUGGGUGCAGAUAGAUGGACACCCCAUUUACACUUCUUUGUUAUCUUGGCACUUUGCAUCACACUGGCUUGUGACUCAGCUCAAGGGCCCUUUGUUCUUUGUCUACCUAGAGCUUUUAUGUGGAAACUCAUAUUCCAUCAUUUCAAAACUGCUGCAGUCAAUAUUGCCUUCGAUAAUUUGUGCCAACUCGCGGAAUUCACUGUUAAUGCUUGUACAGUACUUCAGUCUGAUGAGUGCUCUAUUGAAAGCCCUGUGUGCAUUCAUUUUUAAUCUUUAUAUUUUAAUUCUUUUACAAGAAUAGUAUGCAUGCAGGAGUGAAGGAUUAUACUGUACCUCCAUCUGUCCUAAAAUGUCUUUUCCUUUAAUAUAAAUAUCCAGUGUCAUUCACACUACUACUCUAAUUUCAGUUGGGUCGAAAUUUGCUGGAGGAGUUGGCUUCGAAAAUUUUCCUGAUAAAACCUUUGUGCAACCUUUCCCCAAAGACUAGUACAGUACUAAGACUGGAGCUUUAUGCAAUUUAUGUGCUCCAAGACUUGUGCUUAUGUUAAAUUUCAUAUGCAAACAAUCACCUGUUAUUAAAGUCGACUUGUUGUGCUCUCGUGGCCCUGGAGUCUCCUAAUUAUACUGUAGUGUACUUAUGUGAUUGGAAUCCAACACAGGUUGUACUGUACCUCAUCUUUAGCAAACAUUAGACAGUCACUUUUUGCUAGGUUCCCAGCCAUAUUGGUGUUGCUUCCAAUAAUUUGGCAGACACUGAUUCUAAACCCAUACGUGUUUGUCUCGUCUCCCAUAAAGUGAGUUCUCUACUUAAAUUUCUAUGGUCAUAUCCUGAUUUGCGACUUCGAGAGAGAGCAUGAUACUACAAAUAACAAAUUAAGUACUGUACUAUCAAAUAUAACCUAUUGAUGUGGUCUUUCUCCUGUUGCCAUAGUAGGUGAUGGGAAAUGCCUCUGGCUAGGUUACAUAUUAACCACAAAAGAUUAACUUGUGUGCACUUAAAAAAAAAACCCUGCACAUUAGUGUCAGAACUGAAGUGUUCAGUUAAGGGUCACUUGCCAUCUUGUAGGAUAUCCUGGUUUUUAGUGAUUGGAAGUGUUUUGUCCCUUGAUGAAAAUCUUCACUAAUGGCAUCCUGAAUAUCUAGAAAAAGUUUAAUAUUUAAUAACACAUGUACACCUAUUCUGGCUUGGUGCCUUUUUUUAUACAGUAUUUACAUUGACCCUCUCUAUUCACAGUUUUUUCCUCUUCUCCAUUCCCUCCCCUCUUUUUCUCCCCUGUUCAUAUCUCGCUUUCUCCCUCUCCAUUCCCCUUGUAUAUUUUACCUUCUCUAGUCUGUUGCUUUUUUAUUAUUAUUAUCCUAUCUCCCCUUCCCCAGUUUUUCUCUCUGUAUCCUUACACAAUCCUAUCCCUCCCUCCCUGUUUCACAAAUACAUUUUCUUAAAGCACAUGGUAGAUCAUAUAUUUCAUACAUCAUAAUUCUGCAUGUAUUGUAACUUAACUGUGAUCUAAUACUUAAAUGUACUACAACUGCUGACUUUGUGCCAGGAAAUCUAUCUGAAUAUAGUUUCAGGAUUUAGAGCUAACACCUAGUGAAUUCAUUGCCUUGUAUGAAGAUGAGGGCACAAUUUUCAACUAGUGUAAAUAUAUUUCAUGAUAAAUUCA